CUAAUCAUUAGACACACCACCCAAUCCAACGCCAUGUCCACCCUCAACAUGAACCCCGAAUACUCCGAAGAGUACGAAGACAGGCCCCUUCCUCUAAAGCUAUACGGCGAAUGGGACGACGAAGACGACUUGAUAAUCAAACACAAGCUCGAAUCUCUCGUCAACGGCGACAUCACACCCUACUAAGCAGCCAUCGACCUCGACACCAUCGUCACCAACGACACGAAUCGAAGGCACGAGGAGUUACUCAAACGGCCAGACCCACGAAAUAUCACCCCAGAGGAAGAAGCCCAAGGCGCCGAUAUGUAUUGCAUCAUGCCACGACCGCGCCGAUGGAUCGAGCCGCUCUUCCACGCAGUUGCUCGUCUUUGUUCAUCCUUUCUCCCUUACCACCCGGCCCAAACCCGACUCAUCGACUUCCUGAAAGAACUGAAAGUCAUCCCACGACACGAUCUUUACUCUGGGGUUCCCCCCGAAGAUCCCAAUGAACCGUACCGGACGGUAACAUUAUGGCCAAUUGAAGGAAACUGGGAAGCAGUAGCUGAGACUUUUGACUAUUGGCAUGUUUAUGUCCUCGCCCCCUACCGCUGGCGCAACUUCAACUCCGCCAUAGCGCGCAUAACCAGCUCGAACCUAAUCGACUGCGGAUUUCUCAGUUCCCUGCGCGAAAUCCUUCCCGAACACCCGGAAUAUCCCAAUUUAGCGACCCGGCCCAUCGAUGGGCCGAAUAAGCUAGGCAAUUACAUGCUGGGAGCGGCGCAGUGGGUCAUGUGGCCCGAUGAAUGUCGGUAUGCGUACGAGCAGUGUAAGAAGCAUGAGAGGGUGUCGGGAUCCCGGGAGAUGUGGACUAUGGAACGUUGGAGGGAGUGGAAACGUCAGUUUGCGUUUGUGGCGGGGGAUGAGAGGUUUACGCCGAAGUAUCGGGAUGUCGCUGGACGAGCGUAUCAGCAGAUUGUGGUGGUUGAGGAGGAGGAUGUAGCGGCCAGGGGGGGUGGAGGUGUGAGUAUGUUGGGAUGA